GCCCCUGCCCCCGCCCCUGCUAAACGGCAUUAACAAUCCGGCGGCAGCAGCGAUCACCCCGGGGCUGGUAGGACAUCUCUUUGGUGCUCAGCAGGCCUGCAACCUCGCCUGCACUUGCUCUUGCAACAUCGUUGCUAACUGCAACCCCCAUCAUCAACACCACCAUCAGCAGCAACAGCAUCAGCAGCAUCAGCAGCAGCAACAGCAGCAGCAGCAGCAUCACAGGACACUCGGUACCACGGCGGUCCUGCUGCAACCAGUUGAUCAUAUCAAAGACACUAUGGUGAGUCCACCUUUCUUCGCUCAAUCGUUGCCACGAGGAAUUCUGCCGAAGGUAAGAAUUCCAGACCUUUCGAAUUUUCGUCCGUUUCCCACAGCACCGUUUCCGGUGGUGAGUGUCCAGGAAUUCCAGUACGCGCGCGGGACGGGCGCGUCCCUGACGAUGAGGGGUAGUGACGAGCUUCUAUCGCAAAGCGGGGCAGUCAGCAAUGGUGCUUCAAUGAGUCCGCAACCUCAUCACGCGGCCGACAACAACAAUGACGCCAAGAAGGUUAAGCUCGACAAAAGUCACAGCGGCAAACCUUCCAGAGUCAUUCAUAUUAGGAACAUACCUAACGAGGUGACAGAGGCAGAGAUCAUCCAUCUGGGUCUGCCGUUCGGCCGUGUCACCAAUGUACUUGUUCUCAAAGGCAAGAAUCAGGCGUUUCUUGAAAUGGCGGACGAGAACGCUGCAGCCACCAUGGUGACCUACUACGCUUCCGGCGUGGCCCAACUCAGAGGCAGAGCGGUCUACGUGCAGUUCAGCAAUCACCGUGAACUCAAGACGGAUCAAACGCACUCCAACAACGCGGUCAGUAGCCCAACAAAUGAUGUCGCCAACACCUCUGAGAAUUCGAACAACCAGGUCGCGAUCGCCGGGCAAAAUCAGGUAUCCGGUGCCGGCGAGACUCAGGGCGGGCCCAACACCGUGCUCCGAGUCAUCGUGGAGCACCUGCUCUACCCGAUCACCCUCGACAUACUUUAUCAGAUUUUCACGCGCUUCGGCAAGGUUCUGAAGAUUGUCACUUUCACAAAGAACAGCUCCUUCCAGGCACUAAUACAGUACGCGGACAUGCUGUCGGCGCAAACCGCUAAAUUCUCGCUCGACGGGCAGAACGUCUACAACUCCUGCUGCACGCUGCGUAUCGACUACAGCAAGAUGCAAAAUCUGAACGUUAAGUACAAUAACGACAAGUCCCGGGAUUACACCAACCCGAAUCUACCGACCGGCGACGCCAAUCUGGAUGCGGCGUCGCUCGCCCUCGGCGGCGAAUUGCUGCUCAUGGGUGCCGGUUCCCAGCCGCGUGCCAGAAUACCCGUAGAGUCCAUUGCAGGGGCACCGGGUGUGCUGCCCACGCCCUUUGCCAUGCACGGCCUGGCUUCGCCCUUGGCCGGUCCCUACAACGGCGUGCCCCCGGCUGGCGGGCUCGCCGGCCUCGGCGGAUUCCCCCUCGGCGCGGCCGGUCUAGGUGUCCGGGUGCAGGGAAGCGCGCAAGCAUCGGCCGUGCUGCUCGUCAGCAAUCUCAACGAGGAGAUGGUCACGCCUGACGCUCUCUUUACCCUGUUUGGCGUUUACGGGGAUGUACAGCGUGUGAAGAUCCUCUACAACAAGAAAGACUCGGCACUAAUACAGAUGGCCGAACCUCAUCAGGCGCUUUUAGCGCUAACUCAUAUGGACAAGUUAAGAGUGUUUGGAAAGCAAAUCAAAGUAAUGCUCAGCAAACACCAAACAGUCCAAUUGCCAAAAGAAGGUCAGCCAGACGCGGGCCUCACGAAAGAUUACACCAACAGCACCCUUCAUCGAUUUAAAAAACCCGGCUCGAAGAAUUACCAGAACAUCUAUCCGCCGAGCGCGACUCUGCAUUUAUCAAACAUUCCGGCUACGGUAGCGGAGGAAGAGAUCAAAGAUGCUUUCACCAAGAACGGCUUCACCGUGAAAGCCUUCAAGUUCUUCCCGAAGGACAGAAAGAUGGCUCUCAUACAGAUGCCUAACAUGGACGAUGCCGUGGCUGCGCUGAUCAAAAUGCACAACUACCAGCUUAGCGAGUCCAACCAUCUCAGAGUGUCGUUCUCCAAGAGCAACAUCUAACAAGAAUCGCCACCGCACGAGCAGCAGUGGUACCAGCCGUACACCCUAGUCCCCCUUUGGUCACCCGCUUCGGUCUACGAUUGAUGGUCCCGUAGCUGGAUCCGCUCAGGUGCUCGUCCGUUCCUGCGAGAAUCGCUACGCUGCUGUCGACCGGCUGCACUGCACGCGUGACCCAUGCGGGACUACGUUGCGCACUCGGACUUCGAAGCGGCAGCACAAGCGGACUAGGAGCUACCUCGUCCGAGCGAGCUUAGGAUGCUUUCGAGGCCUUGCCCUUGUUGUUGGGACGUCUAUACAUAUGGCACGCACCUAUUUCCGCAUCCGGUUGAUUCUGACGAUUCGAGGGUCGCUAGGGUGUUUCGAGAUGUACCAGGGCUGCAAGCGCUCAAGUUAGAUGAUGAAGAGGCAAAUUCGCGACGGCCUUCUCGAAGGUAGUUUCCGGUGCUGGCUUUCGAGCGUAUUAACGCGACAAUUUCAUAAUUUUUAAUGUGAGGAAUUUAGAAACAGACGACGAUUACGGGGAGAGAAAGAGAGAGAGUGAGAGUGAGAGUAAGAGAAAGAUAAUAACGCGACAAAUCGAUCAUUCUUGUGAAAGCCAGGACCGUCGCAGGGAAAGAAAAAUACAAAGAGAGAAAGUGAGAAAGAGAGAGAGAGAUUAUAUGCAAAUGAGACGAAGAGCCUAGCAGCCGGGCUAUAGAGAAAGCACGCGUAAAAGAGGAAAGAGAGAUUAAGAUUAGACGGGAGCGAGGAAAUAGCGCAGUGUGGCGAACAGUCCUCGACUCUUGUACAGAGUUAACGCUAGGGAAGAUAAGAUAUAUUAUUAUACAUGUAAAAUUCAUGAUCGCGCGGCCCGGACCGCUACAGUGAUUACGGUUAAGGAUUUUUCAAAGUUACGUGGACACAAGGGCGACCAUCUCGCGAUAAGCGCGCGCGACGGCGUCCGUAUAUCACAGUUCGGAAGUAGGUCUCCGUAGGUCGACGUGUUCGUUCGACGAGCGAACGGACUCGAGGGGGGAAGCCAAGUGGAGAUAAAUGGACUGCGAGGUCCAUCCCGACGAUCGUCGUACGUUCACGGGCGACGGCGGCGACCGACAGCCGUGAACCAGCAGCGUUUCCCACCAGACAAUCUUCAUUCUUCUGACGACCAAAUACAUGCGCGACCGAGCGUACUUCUUCGUGGCUUCCGUUCCGUUCGAGGGCGAGACAAUACGAUCGACGAUGCUGAUCGAUUGAGUACGACGGGAACGGCGUGUUUAAUUAACCGGGUAUCUAAGUAAGAAAAUGGCCAAUGUCACGGGACCUUUUGCAUGCUUUCACGAGGUACUACUACUUCGCCGACGAACCGAUCGCCCUCGCCUUGAUUUUUACGUCGCGGAAUUGGCAGCAGCCGAAAUCGCAGCGGUGGUGGCCCCAAAAUCGGCCUUCAAAAUUCUUUCCGUAUCCGUUACUUAUUCGCGAUUGGUUGAUCCGUUCGUAAGGCGGAAGCGAAGCAAUUAUCAAAGUCGUUCGUUGCGUGCUGAGAGCUAAUUCUAAUUGGGCUACGCUACUCUGAACGUACUCAGGCCCGCUCGACCUACGUUUAUGCUUCUUCGCGGGGUGAGUUUCUCGCUCUCGAAGAGUACCUGCAGUAUUCUCGACUAUCCGGCGAAGUCGAACGCUUCUUAGGAGGGGUCGAACGGCGCCUGAACGCUCGAUGGCUGAGGCGAAGUCCUUCGCUCCGAGGCCCACGCGGCGCGUUUUGCACGCGUCAUCGUACGGUCGUCGCAGAUGGCAUUUUUAUAAUUUGUAUGUUUCAGUUUGGAGAUAAGUAUUAUAUCGCACCCGCACACGUAAUCGCGUCUUUACAAGACCGUACAAUUAUGCAGUUAUACGUACACGGACACGAGACACACAUACACACAAUCAUGCAUGCGCCGCGCGCGAAGAUAAAUGUUUCAACCGCCGUCUGAUUUAUAAUACACACAUACAACACAAACACAAAUACACACAGACGCAUAGAUACAACUGAAUGCGCGCAGAUUUCUUAGUUAGAAUAGAUGCUUAGGCAUGUGUUAGGAUCUUAAUCGUAUAGUAAGCGACUAGAUAAGUAAUUGACUAGGAGAGGAAGAGUGAACUGUUGAACAUAUCGCUAAUUAAAAAGUUUGCAACGUGCGGGGCGCGCGCAGAAUGUUUGUAUCGAUUUUGGCGGAUCGACGUGACACACUCGGGACACCUCGAAGAUGGCUCGCGCCGAUGGAUGAUAUCCGUGUGUGAAAAGAGAAGAGUAUCCUAUCUUUGUGCCAACGAUAGGUCCAUCGUUUGACGAGCCUCGCUUUACCCCAUCGAGAGUUCCUGAUAUCAAAGCAUUCCUUCAGUAGUCGGCGAUUGUGAGGAUGCCCCGUCAACACAAGCGAAUAUUUCGAGAAAAGUAUCAAACAUUAGUAUUCGAGGUGGCCAUCAUCCGAUGAGCCCAUUUGCAAUGUUGAGUCCUUGUUAGACGGAGCGUUGUAGAUGCAUAAAUACGUGGAUAUGAAAGCAAAGUAAUAAGCUAGAAUCGUAUUUACGGGGAUUUAGUAGAAGCAUGAUGUAGCGCGACGUGAUGAUAAAGCGCAAGAUGUAGAAAUCGAUUGGGACGGUUUUCGAGGCGUCUGGGGUGUCCUCGUCGAGAUGCGCGAGGCGGAAUUUUAAUCGGGCGCUGCAUUGAGGAUGAUCGAUCUCUCAUUUUUAUCAAGAGUGAGAAUCCUGAAGUCCUUAAGCGAUGAAACGUGCCGCGCGCGCACCGGCGAAGCCCACGGGUUUCUGUCUAAUCGACGUUCUGUUGGAGUCAAUUAAAUUUUACUGAUAUAACAUAACUGAUCGUAGAGAGAAGUAGGAAGAUGAAUAGCGCGUGUUGGAAGGACUGUUAUGCGAAGGCGUAACUGAGGCGAGCGAGAGGGAGAGAGAGAAAGAGAGAGAGAGUAAUUGCGCGAGUGCGAGAGAAAUAGAGAGAGAGAUGGAGCGAACGAGUUGUAUUCACGCGAGUGUAGUGUCGCGCGACUCUGGACGGAUGAACUACGUAGAGGGGGUGGGAAGAGGAGUUCCUCCAUGUCGAGAACCGCGCAGCGAUCGUACAAGGCGGGGAAAGUGACGAAACUGUGAAAAAAAAUAUAUAAAACAAAGCGAAUGCCGGCUCGGGCAUGAUGUGCUGUUUGUGCCAAAGUAGGCUAGCAGUUAAUAUUCUAGAAUGGGAUUUCUUGGUGAUCAGUGGGAUAUCCCUGUUCGAUCGUGCGGACGCCGAUCCCCGGGGGUUCUCCCCCUCGCACGGUCAUACGUGGGACCCCCCCUGAUCGGCGAUCUCGCUUUGAUCGAAUACUGACCAAUCAGCUAGUUGUUUAGAGAUGUAGCGAGUAGCCGGCAUGAGCGAAGGGGCCAGUCUUUGCAUCUAUGAUCUGUGUCUUUCGGACCUCUGAUACUACAUUAUUUACUUCGACUGCAUUUAUACAUUCUUAACCGGACACACACGUUCCGAGCACCCGGACUGCAACGUCUGCCUCACACGUGAGGCAAAUCACGAAACCUACACACAUAUACACACUCGCGCAUACACUCAUACAUAUAUAUCCAUUAAUAAUACACCGAAAAUACAUCUCCGCGAUCGCCCACGGAUGUAUAUACAUACAGCGCGCGAUACAGCUUUUAUUUGACCGAAUGAAAUAGAUUCUUCUCGUUUUUAGGUGGCUCGCUUAGUUCGCUCUAUUGUAUUGAUCUAGGAAUUCAAGAGGCGCUUCUCGCUCUUACGCGGAUCCUACUUUGCCCGUUCCGUUUGCCAGGAUCAUUUUUCGUGCGGCACCUUUAAAGCGUCUUGUACACAGCCCGCGCGCUGACACGCGUUUACACGUUCGUAUCUCCUUGAUUCUUAUCGCAUAUCGCGGAACCUAGCGUGAGAGUGCCACGAGGAUGGGAAAAAAAAGGAGGGAGAGACUGUGCGGGAGCUUCCGUACAAUUCUUACUUCCGGCACGAAUAUCGUCUAAGCGUACCUGAACAGCUCGCACAGAGAGUGUUACUCGAUUUCCCGAGCUACAUAUAUAUAUAUUUCGAUUUAUACAUACAUAUAUAUAUACACAAACAUACACAAAUACGUGUAUCUUUUUCGCGAAUCGCAACGUCGAGCACCCACCGUCGUUCACGCCAGAUCGCUAAUUACAUUUUGUCGCUUGCCGGCCGUUUCUUAGCACAUUCCUGCCGACGCGUACGGCACGCGUCCGCACACCACCCAUCCACACGGAACACACAACACACGUGACGAUCCACGUAAACGCACGCACCCAGCGUUUCAUCCCCUUUCUUCAUUUUUCUUUCUCUCUCGUUUUCGGAAUGUCCUCUCGCGACGUAAACCCCGAACGUUUCUUUCCCCUUUCCGUCUUUCUUUCUUUUUUUUCUUCGACAUCCACACCACGCUAAUGGUGACAAUCAGCUUUUCUGCUCGCAGGAGGAGGAAUUCGGCGCGAGGUUCCUUCCGAAGCGUUAUCGCCAAAGUAACUCGUUUCGCGAGCGGCGCGAGCCGCUUCUUUCCGUGAUGGACUAUUAUUAUUAGUAGAAUACGUCGUACCGGAAACGGGGCAGCCAUAAUACGGAGCUAUAGAUAUCUACAGGGUGCCCGACGUUAAAUCGCACACUUAUUCGGUUUAUUCUGUCGCCGUACGACACGUUAGAUCGGCCUUCCUCCUUUCCGCUCGGACGGUCCUCGCGUGAUAAAGAAAAGAAGAAAAAAAAAGAGAGAUGAAGAAGAAAAGAGAGGAGGCACCCUGUAGACGGAUCGACUAUAUCACUAGCUGGGUUGAGGGGGGCCGAGGUGAGGGUUGGAGUAGCCAGCACUCGCUACAUGGUGUCGUAGAAUUUAUUCAGACUCCGAAAUUUCCCCAGACUCGUCGCGCGAGGAAUCGGCCGGUAUAGUUCAGCGGGGGGGUUCGCUUUCAUCCCCCCCCCCCCCUCGCGACUAGUAAGCGCUACCCUUUCGUGUAUCCAGGAGAACGCGAGAACAUCCGGGCAGCGAGUGGUAGAUCGCGAAUCGUAAUCAAAGAAGAAAAGAUCUCCAGCAAGGAUGUUCAAGCGGGCAUUAACGGUUUCAUUAUCCUGACGCGAUGUCUGUUUCUUGUUAAGGUGUAAAAUUCCGCGUAUCGAUGAUCGCACGGUUCGUUGAUCCCGAGGGAAGAGUCACGAGACACGGGGGGGGGGGGGGAGAAUCGACGGCGCGGCGUUGCACUCGGACCAAAGGAAAUUCGGGGUCUGAUAGAGAGCCACGUUAGUAAACGAAGCUUAGCCUACACACAGAAGGUAUAACAUUGAACUAUAAUAUGUACGCGAGCAUACAAGCAGACAUACACCCACACAGAUACACACACACCCACACACACACGUACAUUCACACACGGACUUAUAUCUAUUAUAUAUUUGAUAUAUCGCAUUGUAACAGGUGUGUCCAAAAUGUGCGGCGGCUGCAUCCCGAUAAUCUAUAUUUUAUUAAUAAGGGAUAAGUCUAUAUAUAGGGUUACUAACGUGUUACGGAUUAUCAUAAAUUAGAGAGAUUAAUCUAUAUGAAUAUAUAUAUAUAUUGUAUAAUGCGCGGCGGAACUCUCAAGUACAUGGAAACGGCAAAGACGGAGGAGGACACGCGUACACACGCACAUACACACGUACAUACAAUAUGCAACGUUAACGUCAUCGGAUAGAGGCGUGAGGUAUAAAAAUAUAUAUGUAUAUGAUGAGUUUAAAAUGACUAUAUCUGUGCUAUCUUAGAGAUACAUCGUUGAGAAAAUUAUCAGGAUACGAUCUGCUUGCCUAACCGGGGCCUUAGGCGUUGUUUAUACCGAGAAAGGAACAGAUCCAAGAACGCGUCAUCGCUGCCGACGGCGUCCCCGUUUUCUCGCGUCAAGUUUUUUUUUCGUGUAUUAGAGUUAGGACGUCGCGAUCUAUCAUGUUUCUCACAAUUGCGAGUUAUUGGCAGUCCAUCACGACUCGCAAGUGAUUCCUUCUUCUUAAUAUCGAGAGAACAGUUUUAAUUUUAUGGUAACGGGCGGCCAGCAGCAAGAAAAUACGACUUGACGACAUACACACGACGUACACAAAACACAUACACUCACACGGAAAAAUACAGCUCGAAAAAUUAAAAUAAGUAUACAUUAGUUUAUCGCGAGAGGGGAGAAGCAUUUAAAAGACACACAGGGUCUCCAAAGUGCGGACCGUAACAAAGAGGUCUUCGGGAUAGAACGUCGACAGUAAGAGAGCGGAUCGAGUAACCGAUUGGAAGGGUUGAGAUAGCGAUCGGUUUCAAAUUAAACGCUAUAAUAUUAAAGCAAUCACAAUUGGAUGAUACACUCCAUAAAGACUCGGAGAACUUGUGAAGAUCAUACUUUACUUUUACAUCAAAACGCCAACAAUUAAUAUUAUUCUUUAGAUAAAGCUAAAACCUUAAAUUCAGCUCUUUCAGAUUGCGUUUAUCACAUCGAUUGUUAUCUCGAUCCUUUGGGCGCGGAUGGACGAGGAGAAUCCGAAACGCGAGGUUUCUUCUUCUGCGUAAAUAACGUCUCGACAUGCAUAGGUCGCUGGGACACGCGGAUUAUUCGUUGGUGUGCCUGUUGACUGAGUGAUUCCGCGAUUUUCUUGCCUGGCUCUUACUUUCGAGGGUCACGAGGGCCAGUUUAGACUUCGAGGACGGAGGCGUGACGGAGACGAGACGGUAGGACCGCGAACGAACGAACGAUCAAUCAACCUGUCAAUCAAUUUUACCUUCGUUCGCGGAGAAGGAAGCGGUUCGACCGGUCCUUACGUCUCGUAGUCCUACAGUGGGUUUCUUACUUUAAGGGGGGAAUAGCAAAGAGAGGCCUCGAUGACGGAGCCGCUAUCAAAUAUUUCGAGUAGUACCGAGACUGUAUCGCUCUAUCGCUGUCGCCAUGCCAAUAUAACCAGGUAUACCGUAAGAGAGGAGGAACGCGAACGUAGAGAUAAACGUACAAUUCAAUGGAGCCUAAUUUUUGAGGUGAUAAAGAGAGAUAAGUAGCGAGAUUGAGGGGAUCGUUUAGAGCCUCUCGUGACGAGACGACACCUUCGUAGUCGGAAAUGUAGGGUAUCUGUUUGUUUCUUCUCGAUUAGCGGCACGUACAAAGGACGGCUGAAUUACGUUAAAAAGAAAAACCGCUGUACGUUGUAAGUCAACGAGAGUUGUAGAAAUUAACUAAGCAGUAGUCAUUAAGGCGAUGAGAAGCGAGUCGCUUAAGGGAGAAGAGAGGAGGAGAGAGAAAGGCGGCGAUGUGUAACGAGGAAUGUUUAGCGAAGUUAAAAAAAAAAAAGAAACGUUAGUAGCGUCUUAGAGUCGUGUAGUAGCUCCUUUCUAAUUAAGCCUCCAGACUUAAGUAAUGUGUAUAGUUAAAUGACAAUCACUCGACUCUCUGUAUCGACAAUUUGACGAAGGAAAUCUCGGAAAAGCCGUGAUAAGCUGCCUACGCACCGAACCCCCUUUCUUCGUGUUCCCUUCUUUUUCUCGGUCCCCUCACAUCCCCUUAUCAUCCCCGCCCCCUACAACGAGGCUUUCCCCCAUCAUACUCUCCGAUCGUGGACUUUCCUUCUUCGAGAGAAUUUCACCGAGCUGGCGGACAACUAGGCGCGCGAAUUCGCAAUCUAACAAGCCAGAAAACUGUAAAUAAAAGAAAAGAAAACGGAAGAUAUAAAGAUAAAAAUACGUUGUUUCGUUUCUCUCCGGCUCGCGUCGUUAUCGCGACUUAUUUAUAUCCGACGGUGUUCUAGAUUUGUAACUAGAUCGAUGUUUCUCUCGCAAGACGAUUGUUGGAAGGACAGUUUUAUGUCUUCGCGACAUUUCGUGGCUGAUAAUAUAUAUCUUUAACGGAUUGCCUUUUAACGAUAUGUUAGCUGCAUUGUUGAGUCUCCUAUUGGUUGGCGCAUUAAUGAGAAAUUUUAUAAAAAUCGUUCGCGAAUGAAUAUUGAAAAUGGAAUAUAUUUCGUUCGAUAAAUUUAUAUAGAGCUUAGAGUAACAUUUUUAACGUUUCUCAUCCUUUUCGGUAAUUUCAUGAAAAAUCUCAGGUUGUACAUAUAUCACUUCUUCGCUCCAAGCCUUUCCGAGCAAUCUUGCCAGCUAUGUUUCGCCUAUUUGCAAAAAAAAAACUUCCAAGCCUAUCGUGACAAGUGUGUCAACUCCGCCUUUUAGCUCUCGAACUUUCCAAAAUUCCGUGCCCAGGAAGAUCCUUGGUUUUCUGCGUCUACCUUCCUUCUUUCCCUCGUCUCACAGUCGCCGUUCGCCGAUCCGAUCAACAGCUGAUGGCAAUCCCGCACGUCGCUGUCCAUAAAAAAGAUAGGAAAAAAAGGAGAUCUUUCAGUCUCUUGAAAGACAUUUCUCCGUUAUUGCGGAAAACAAUAUUUGCUACGCGUGAGCACGGCUGAUAAAAUCUGGAAACGUGCGGGAUCGCGUUAGCAGGAGGUCGAUCUUCGGCGAGGCGCGCUCUAAAAUCUGAUAAAUCUUCGAAAAAAAAAAAAGAUAUAUAUGUGAGAGAGAAAACCAAUCAUGGGCCAGGAAUUGCGUUGCAAGUCACAAUCAGCUCGUCUCCGGCAAAACAGACAAUUUUCUUUCGACGAGAACCAUUGUCAGAGCGGGCGUUUUACGGUUAAGCUCUUUCUUAGUAAGUUCGAUUAGGGAUUAGUCUAUCGGUAGGAAGGCGGAGAUCGCGAGUGAUCAUUUUUUUUUUUUAUUUUAUUUCAUUCGUUGCGCCCUGCACCGCGGUGCACGAAUCGCGAUGGAAGCGCGCGGCAGGAGAAAAAGAAGAAAGUAAGAGAAACAAAAAUUCAGGGAACACACAGUUGUAAUGUGGAGAAAAGAGAGAAGGAGAGGAGUAAAAGGGAGGAGAGACUCUUUUUUUCGGAUCGUCGAAGAAAACGAUCGACGAGACCGAUCUUUUUAUUGUCCGGUCAUCAGCAUUUACGCGAGACGCGCGCACAUCCACACGUUCGCAUUUAUCAUACAUACACACAUGCAUGAGAUAUAUAUAUAUAUAUUAUUAUAUACAAUAUAUAUUAUUAAAACACAAAGAUAUAUAUACUUUUUGACACGCGUGAAACACAUACGAUUGACGAUCUUCCACGUGCCUUUUUUUUGGCGCGACACGCUCACCACGGAAACCAAAACACAUUGUACAGUGUACGCCGACGCGAUAUUGUUAACAUUAUCGCCCACGACCUUUUUAUAGCUCGACUCUUGGACCCCAGCCCUGUUUUACGAAAAAAAAAAAGUAUUUUUUUUUCUCGAUUUUCCACCUCGACAGAUCUGGAGGCGCUUUUACCGUUCGAUCUCAAAAGAGAUCGAUCGUUGGCGCGUCGUUUUGUUCCAUUGGCUGCGUAUCGUUCCAAGUUUUGUAACGUAUAAAUUUUUCUCUCUUCUUAAUUUAACUUCGUCCUUAAAACAUCUCGAGAGAUGCCUGUUUUCCUAUUCUAUUCGUAUUUAUAAUUUCUUGUCCGCGUUAUUUGUUUUAUUAGCCCGAAAGAGGUGUGUGUAUUUAGACGAGCGUAACUUUUCUGUGAAUUAGAGAUAACGUUUCACGAAUCUCACUUGCGCGAAAAAAAUAAGUUCCUUUACGUUUACAUGUAUGCUCGUUCGUGAAAUUACCUCAGGAAAUAUUUAAGGGAAUAUUAUGUACAUAUCACAAGAGUGCGAGAAGUUCGAUUGUACAAUUUGCAUAUCUUCCAGGUCUGUCCGCGUUUUUAGCGUCUUACGAGUAUUCCCGUUCCACCACUUUGACAUUAUCGGUAUUAUCAUCGUUCACUACUUCUUCCCGCUGAAGCUAUUGUAUUUUUUUUUUUGCGUUUUAUCCUUGCGCUUCUUUUACUUUUAAUCUUAUUUUUAUACUUUUUAAUCGUCGCCGGUUGCUAUUAUCAUCGCCACUGCGAUUCUUACUAUUAUUAGCGCUAAUUAAUAUUAAUUAUCUACUCUUAUUAUAAUUACUUUAUUCUUAUCUUUAAUAAAUUUUCCUUCUUUUUUUUUAUCUUAGCAUUAACGACGCGCUUAAUUUUACGUGCCGAGAGAGAGAGAGAGAGAGGGAGACUGCUCUUCUCUGCUAGAAAACGCACUUCUUAGUUCGUAGUAUAUUUUUAUCAUUAUCUUAAUUAAUUUCUCCGGACUAUCCCUCUUUGAUAAUCGUACUACUGUUCACUCUUACUCUUAUCUAUCACUGUUUACUCUUAUCUGUCACUUACUGCUAUACUCUAUUACUCCACUCUAUUACUCUACUAUUGCUACUCUCAUCACUGUUCACUAUUAGUCACUAUUAGUCAUAUUCUGUUAUCACUCUUACUUUUUCCGCUUCAACUUUUCUCUCUCCGUCAGAAAAAUUCACGACGAUUCUUAUUGCUAUUUAAUUUGCGAUGACUGUAGCAUCAGUAACUUUUAAAAUUAAAAAAAAAGAGGAGAAAGAUGGGGCACGCCUUAUCUUCUUACGAUAAUCGAGUUUAAUGGCAAUGUGGAUCGUUAUCACACUCUAUUCAGCAUCUAUCAUAACUAUACUAUAUCUUUUCUGUCUCUACUUUUCUCUCUCUCUUCAUCAUCUAUAUUACUUCUAUCUCUCUUAAUCUUUCUCACAUACUCUCUCUCUCUAUACAUAUAUUAUUAUUAUAUAUACAUAUAAAUCGUAUGUGCUUUAUACUAUACUUCUAUUCUUAUCAUUAUCUAUAUUACUCUACUAUUGUAUUACUCUACUAUACUAUGAGUGCUACUGUUGCCGCUCCGACCAAUGUUUGCUCUUACUGUAACCGUCAAUGCGUUUACGGCUCGUAAGUAACUGUAUGUCCUUGCCUGUUCUUUAUUUUAUCUCGUUUUUAACGAAAAAAAAAAACAAUUACUUUUAAUCGAAAUUUCCACUUAUCCUUUUCCCCUUUCCCUCCCCUUGCAUCUACUUGGUGUUGCGAAUCUCUAUACCGUUUUUUUUCUCUGUCACACUAUAUCCCUCGACACAUUUAUUUCUUCCACUGACCAUCCUUUCCUCUGAUAUCACCGAGUGUCGAAGCGAGAAUAAAAAGACUUCGCGAGCGAGCGGGACGAAAGUACAUAUACAUAUAAUUAAUCUUCGAUUUGUCAAGAAAACGAUUGAAACAAGAAAAAAAAUAAACCUACCCAUUUUUUUGUGUUUUUUUUUUCUGUAUAUCUCCGGCCGCCUGAUCGCCCCUUCUCCCUGAAUCAUUUUUCCAUUACGCGCGAUCCUCGGGGGCGACCUAAAGAGCGCUUCGUGCGAUCUUACUUAUUCCCCGAAAAGGAACGAUUUAUUUCUUAUCCCUGAGGGAUGCAUUAUAUGUAUGUAUUAUACAUAUAAAUAUAUAUACACAUCACAUAUUGAUAAACUCCUUAUGUCGCUUCUCACGCGCGAUCCUCAGACUUCCCGCUCAUAUGACCCGCUCUACUUUAUCUUGUUUUUCUUUUUACUUCUGCCUUUUUUUUUAAUUAAGAGAAACCGCGUCGAUGUGGAUCAAAACUGAGUGAAUCACAAAUUGCACACUCGACGCUCGUGAUCCACACGCGCGCGGUGACCCUUACGGUCUACACAGGAAGAAAGGGUAACUGCGAACUUGGUGUUUCGUAUCUUUCAACGCGUUUGAAAAACUCUGCAUUGCCGGAAAAGAAAAAAACGCGAGAGAAGCGCAUAAUUAAUCGUUAAUUAAUCACAAUUGUUCGAUCUCUUGAUGAUUUGCACAAUCUUACAUCGAAGUGGUAUGCGAAGUAAAGAAAUUUUUAUAUCAAACUGUCUCUCUCUAUAGAUUAUUUGACGAAAAUUGAAGACAUCGAAGUCGUCAUAUAUUUAGAUUUGUCGACCUCUUUUGCGCGCAAUUUCAAUAAUAAUUAAAGCACACGUAUUUUCCAUCUCUCUAAGGAUUAUUGUUCUUAGUUAUGCGCUUCUGUUGAGAAAUUGCCCGCGACGUUGUGUUAGAAGCGGGCAGAACAUCCACGACGCGACGAAAGAUCGAGAAACCAGAGUUCCGCCGUUCGGGAGUGAGGGAGGAAGAUUUUCUUGCGCACAAGCUCGCCCAAAACAAUCAUUAGGAAUUGUGCCUAGAUGUUUAAAACACUGUAUUCUAUGGGAUCAACGUCAUUACCUUUUUAGAAUCGAGAAAGAGUGCGCGAAGUGAAGUGGCGAGAAGGGAGGAGAGAAAGAGAGAGAGAGGGAGAGAAUGAGAUGAGAAGUGAAGGGAAGCAAGAGGCGUCUAAUGUGGUAUUAGAGAGGAGAAGAGAGAAUGGAUCGAGCCGCGAUCCUUACAGAGUAAUUUAUAUAUGCGUUGGCAAUGUCUCCGCCGCGACGUCGAUCGACCGAGUCGAGAUUGCGAGCACGAUCGUAAGCCGUGCGAUUAUUUUGCUCCGGUGGCACUGAAUUUUUGCCAACAAGUGUAUAUAUCUAUAUAUACACACACACACUUCCGAUAUGUGUCAGAGAUCACUCUCGACGUCCAUCCAUAUUUUUCGGGACGAGUCCUGUUACGUCGGAGCGUAUCGCUCUUUAUCCUUAAUAUAUUGAAAAUUGAUGAGAGAUAUUUAAAAUCCUAAUCAAUAAUUAUUAAUUAGAAUAAAUGGCUUUGAACGACGAGAAUCGUUAUCAGGCCAAAAGAAUCAAACGAAUAUUAAAAUUCUUGCUCGGCAAACGAGGGGAUUGAUCGUUCAACGCGUUGUUGGAAAAUAUUUGAUGUAAAUACUUGUAUUUUUUUUUUUUUUUUAUUGAACAAGAUGCAAAGAUGCAUAUAUCUCGUCGGGGGAAGAUUAUAUUUUGCGCGAGAGCACCGGGGGAACCGCACGAGCUAUUGAAUGGACGUCGCGUUUAUCUCUGACGAGCUUGACCACUACCGUACUAACGUUUUUGUAUUGUCAACAUGCUGCAUAACUAAGUCUAGUGGCACUCUAUAUAAUUUUCGUAUUCCAUAUAUCAUGUUCUACUUGUACCUCUAGCGUUCCGUAUAUCUAUGUAGCUCUACAUCUGUCUGUAUACUAUAUAUAUACAUGCUAUAUAUAUACACACACUCUUAUCUCAAUGUAUAUAUAUGUACUAUAACCCUGUCCCUUUUUCUAAGACUCACGACUCCAAUAAUGCGCUCUUCUUUUCCCUCUACGUAGCUCGUUACGUGAGGGGAGAUACCUCACACGUUGCUGUGAUACUUGCAAUCGCGAUACCUUUCAUUCCGCAGCAAUAAUAUCUGUAUACUAGUACUAGAGCUUCAAUUUUCGAUGAAAUCCCGUUUGAUAAUCCUUUUAAUUUCUUUUUUCUUUUUCUUUCUUUUUUCUUUGUUUAAUCGACCGACAUUUCCUUUCCUCGGGACGUCGAGACUCGAUUGUUCGGUGUAAUUAAUUCCGGAGGGAAUCUUCUCAAGAGAGAUUUAAUUUUUAUUUAAUUCCAUUAAUUUUUCAGAUCUCUGUUUCAGUUCCUCUUUUUUCCCAGUGACUUUUCUUCCAGCUCGAACUGAUCGUCGAACUAUCGCUAUGCUACUGCCUGUCGUCGUCUUCCCCUUCGCCAUCUACUUCGUACGGCCUACUAUUACUACUACUACUACUAUUACUACUAUUCUAUUACUGUUACUAUAUAAUUCUACUAUACUAUUACCGCUAUUACUAGAAACUUUGAUCUUUCCGGCACGUGGACACUCGCUAAGACAUUACUAUGUCGUUAUUGGCUCGAUAAUAGUAUCGCUACGCAUGAAAAUAGAUAUGAUAAUAAUCCAAUUGUAUUGUUAAUUAAACAAAAAUAAUUAAUAACACGUACGACCUUCUGCAGUUCGAUAUUUUAUUAUAUUAAUAGAUAUAUUCCUCUUCAAUUUUGAGAAAUAUCUCUAAAAUAUCGACGCAGAAUGGAAGAUAAUUCAGCGCGUAGCGACGUCGAAUCAAGAACGACAUGUAACCCGUGUCGCUGCAGUUUUCGAUCUUCGAAAUCUCUCUCCUGCAUGAUGCUGUUCUCUGUGCAUCAUUGUGUGCUACACGAGACACAUGUUCGCAAACACACCACGACACCCUCACGAGCAGCAAGAUAUGUACACGUAAAAAGAAAAACCGCAUAUCUCACGUGUAUGUUUCCGAAGUCUGGCGCAACACCUCUCCGGUUUACCAUUUAUAAAUCACCCUGAUUCACGAUGUCUGUAAGUAAAUGGAGCUUGCCGAUUUCGUCGGGACGAAACGGACUCGGCGAACGGUCUAAAUAACUGAUUAAUCGCCUGCCGAAAUCCAUCGUAUGUGUGGUAACGCGCGUGAUGGAGCUCUCGCGAAGGCUCCGUGUAGUUAGGUAGACAAAUGGAUAUUCAGAUUAUGCGCUUUACGAGGGGGAGCUAACGAGGACGAACAUGUUUGCGCCGCGGAAGACAAACUCGGUCCUCCGAUCGCCGAGAAAUUCGCGAUAAGGUCCGAGCUCCGUCUUCCGGAGCGGAGUCGUAGUCGGCAUACUCGUGUUAAGAUUCACGCUGAUAAGACAUAGACCGGCGCAUACAAUUUAGAUAAAUUACUUUAUAACAAAUAGCGCGAUCGCGCGAGGUAAACGUAAUAUGUGUAUAAAGUCCCUAUUAAGUAUUUCUCAGCGUUCUCGAGAUUAAUAGAGAAGGAGAAACAACGGCGGACGCUGACGAUUACGAUUAGUCGAAAGUUAACGUAGCGUAAAUGUAGGUAAGCUGCUAAUUUUUUUUUAAUUUAGUAAGAAAAUCGGAGGUCUCGUUCUUUUUCGAGGGAAGCGAUGCGUCUCGAUUUCAAUCUCGUCCGAUUGCAGCGUAUCGAUAAAUUCAUUUCUGAGUUAAAUAGAGAAGUAAUUUUAUUAAAUUCCAGGAAAGAAAAAAUAUUAAAUCGUAACAAUUUUUACUAUCUUUCACUGUAAUACUUUAUAACAUAAAUAAAUAAUAAAUCAUGAAAAAAAGUUAAGCAUUAUAUAUAUCGUGGAAAGAAAGUAGAUAAUAAUUAAUAAGUACACAUAACUUUAUGUUUAUUAAUAUUAAUAGAGUAAAAGUUUUCAAGAAACUAAUACUUAACGAUUUAACAGAGAAUAAUAUGUAAAUUCUGAUAAAUUGAACCUGGGAACGAAAAAAUAACUGUAAAUUUUAUUCCUGAAGGAAUAUUGGUGAAUUUAGCGGUACGCUGUAAAUAAUUUUGCACGAUGAGAAAUUGCAAAAUAUUUUUUCAUUUGUUUAUAGACAUAGAUUAUAGAGACUUUACAAAAUACUCUUAUGACGAAUCGUUUAUUGAGAACGAAGAUGAGACAAAUCAAAUUAAUGUUUUUUUCCAUUGUGUUUUUAUAUUGUGAUGACUUAUAAUUCUUUUUAAGAAAAAAAUCCGUAUUUUAUAAAUAGCUUUAUAGAUUAAUCUAGAAAUCGAGUUUACAUUUAGCGUAACAAUAUUAAUAAUUGGGAAAAUCAAAUAUUAAUUAUUUUAUUAAAUUAAAUUGCGUCUAUAAGUAAUUAAUAAUCUAUUAAUAUGACCAUGUGAAUAUGCGAUGUAUAAUAUUGCAUUUAUAGAACCAGUUAAUAUUUGUGUCGCGUUUUUAAUAUUUAAUAAUUUUGUCUAUUUUUUAAACAUUUUUGCUAUUCUUCUUCUACUAUCAGAAUAUUACUAUCAGUAUUUAUUAGAGAUUUACUGCAGACAUACUCACAAGUCACAAUCAGUCGCAUGGAACAGUAUUAAAGAAGCACUUUGCUUUAUUCGCAAGGAUCUAAUAAUAUUUCUCGAAAGUUAAAUACAACGAGAAUAAUAAAAAUACUUCCAACAGUACCUCGUUGAGUAUCGACGAGAACAAUGACGCGAUUGUAGCAUCCAAAUAUCUAAUUAUUGCCGUUAUCUAUUGCAUCGUUGAUAUUGUUUCUCUAAAAUCGAUUUUGUGUAAAGUUUCCAACUUCUCUUAGCUUGCCGAUUCUUUUUGUACGUCAAGCUUAUUGUGCUGGCAAGAAAAUGAGCCGCGUAUAUUUUUUCUUUAUGCAGUACAUAACAAUUCGCUCUCUAACGACUUUUAUCCAGCGAGGAUAUAUUGUGCGAAUAACGAGGUGUUUUAGCGAAAAUUCGGGCGCGAAAAUUAAAGAGAGUAUACUGUUCGGAACAGAGUGUGAGAAGGAAUGAGAGAGAGAGAGAGAGCUCUUUGAUGUCUGAUUAUAAGUUUUUUAGAAACGAGUACGAAGUCAAUUGUUCAUAAUUAACGUGCGUGAAAAGAAAACGUGCCCACCUUUCGACCGUAGUCAAUUGAAAUCGUCGAUACACGAUUAUAAUUAAGUCAGGACGAGAUCAUCCGAGCUAAUGACAUUCACGCGGUGUGAAAACCCGAGUACUCACACACGUACAUACACGUACAACCCCCCCCCCCCCCCCAAAAAAAAAACGGACGCGUACAGAUUAUAUACUCGUAUACGUAUUUACGUGAAGAAGAGAAGAAGAUUAAUAAUUGCGAACUAUAUAUAGAGAGAGCAUUAAGUAAUAAAUUUUAUCGUGUCGCCAAGUAAGUCGGCAGUAGUUUCGGGAGGCGUAGCACAAACGAGAAGUAUAAUAAUACAAAAAAAAACGAAAGGAAAGGCGCGAGAGAGACUUAUGGAUAUUCGACGGGCCGCGUCGUCGCAUUUUCCAUCCGAAGAGUCGCGAGACUACUCUCGAGGCCAAGUAUCUCGGAUUGAACAAUCAAAUUGCCACGUUUUUACAAAGACAAAGCGUCGCACGCGUACGCAGGAUUCGCCGAAGGUGCAGCUUUCGCGGGAAAAAGAAUCGGUUGCGCGCUCGGACGAUUCCUCUCGUUUUUCUCUCGCGUCGGCGGCGACGAUUUCGAUCGCGCGACGUGUAAUCCCCACACACGGUCCGAUCGAGUUCAAUUUUUUUCGUUGAUGUUUAAAGCAUACCGCACACACAAACGCGCGCGCGAAUUAAAAAGAUACGCCGCGAUCGAGAGAAAGCGAACGAGACGCAGGCGGACGUGGCGCAUCCGACAUUCUCGGGAGGGAUGAAACCUGCGCCGCGUAAACUGUCUUCUUUAUAUUUUUAACGGCACUCUUAAACGCUGAAAGAUAGACGAAAGAUGAAGAUUUAUUGCAAACAAUUCUUAUUCGAUU